CAAUAUCCACAACCCUGCUGAGACGCCAACAUUGAAAUUCGGCCUUUUUAUGAUGGAAUUAUCGCCAAACAAUCAGAUCGAGGACAGAAAACCCAUCCUAACUGCCGACGGACUGGUCCAGACAUCCAACUCCCCCUUCGAGCCGACAAUCUCGCAGGAGACGCAGACCUCCAACGGCAUCGGCGGUGGCCAGUGCCAACUGACAGUCGACCAGCUCGACAUUGAGAUAUUGCCGAUAAUCUACGACAUUGUGCGUUGCGUUGAAAAGGAUCCCUUGGAGAACGCCGUGAAGCUGCGCGAGUCCCAGGAUUGCAAUCAGAAGAUCUUCGAGCUGCAGAAACGAUUCGACUCCGCAAGGGAGCAAAUACGGCAGUUGCCUGGCAUUGAUUACAACAAGGAGGAGCAGCAGCAGCGACUGGAACUGCUACGCAACCAGCUGAAGCUCAAGCAGCAGCUCAUUCGGAAAUACAAGGACAUCGAGUUCUAG